AUGGAGGGAGGCAAACACUUGCCUCCCUCACAGCUGGCCAAAAAACUUGUGUCACCUGUGAAACCCUCUCCAGCACCGCAAUUGUCUGGCUCCAGCACUGCACAUCGGUGCCCAGAACCCAUUCCCCAACAGUUGCGCUUCCUCUGUGGCCCUUCUGAGGCCGACGAUGAGGAACUUGUGCGUGCCACACAAGAGUGUGAGACACAGCUGCAAACAGCAGCCACCAUUCCUCCUCUAGCAGCCACCAUGCCUCCUCCAACAGCCGUCAUGCCUCCUCCAACAGCCGCCAUGCCUCCUCCAGUAGAAGUUGCUCAGCCACAGCCACCGGUGGAUCUCCCCUCUCACUGGAAGGACCAUCUUCCUCCCUUCCAACAGGAGUGGAUUCGCCACACACUGUUCAAGGCGAACCCAAAGACUGGGUUUAUCCCAGGAACCAGUGCCAGCGCCUCGCAUUUCCAGUUGUAUCUUCUGGAAGGACUGAUGCGCUGGAACGAGGACAGAAUGAAGGACUCUGUUCAAGCACCCACUUCCAUGCGCACCUACGGCAGUGUUCUGCAGGAGGCCGUGGAUCGGCUCAGCCAAGCCGUUCUGGGAAAACGUUGGGAUGAGCAGUACCGCAGUCCUGGAGUCUACACAGGUGAAUUGUUGGCCAUGGAGUACCUGUACAGCCAGACUGGCAUAUCACUUACUCCAACGCUCCACAACCAAGAGGAGGAGGACCAGCUGGUGGAGGACAUUGAUGACGAGGACAUUGAGGACGAAGGCUUUGAGGAGGAGACAGAGGACAUCACAGUUCCUGUGCUGACUGACGAUGACCAUGACAUUGAAAGGAGGCCCUCAACCACAAGGCGUCGGGCACCUUCACCACCACCUCUACCAGAACUGCCGUCCACGUCCAUGGGUGGAGGUCAGCGUCCAGUUGCUGCUGCCGCCGUUCCGUCCACGUCGGGUCAAGGACUGCACCCUGCUGCUACUGCUGCUGCCACCACUUCAGGGGCUCAGGGCGUCGUCGUUGGACCGGAUGGCAUUCCUGGGUGGGACAAAGUGCAAGAGCUGGCUGCUUACCUGGUGGACCUGCGAGAUGCCGCCUACCUCACUCAGCCACAGGUGACCGAGGUCAUCCAGCUGUGGGCGGCACUCCCAGACAGCGACAAGGAGAGGAUCGACUACCAGCCACGUCACCAGGAGCGGCUGUCGUCUGGUCGAUUCAAGGCACCGAAGCAGUCUGGAGUCACACCGGGUGUGGAGAGCGUCAAGCGCAGCUUGAUAGGUCACCCUGGGGGGCCGGCUCAGUGGCCUGGUACCAGCCGCUUGGUAGACGCCAUGUGCACACGCUUGUGCACUUUGCACAAGUGCACUACCAGGAAGGCCGGUGUUUCCACUCCCAGGUGGACCAGAAUUCUGGAUGAUUACCACCACAUCCAUGACUUGAUCAUCGCCAGCCCACGGUUGAUGGCAGAUACAACAAUUCAGUUGUUUCAAAUCAACCAGCGGACACUUAUUCAGUGGUUUCAACAGCGGCUGAAAGGUCAGGAGAUGAGUACACUCACUCAGGGACUGACUCCAGGACCCCAAAUUCCCGUCGCCCCUGCCCAGCUUCCGCAGCCGCAGGAAAAACUGAUCGUCCCUCCUGCAUCAUCUGGGCAACGACAUGAAUUUGUGUUCCCCCCGAAUCUGGAGGGCCGGGCUCCUCUGCUACGCCCAGGCCGUCGCCCCAAAGACCGCCAAGACCGUCCAAUUGCCCCCACCCCACCACCUGUUUUUCCUCUCCCUGCAACAUUAGGCACCAGUGCACUGCCAGUGCCAACUCCCUUCACAUUGGUACAGCUCCCAGCAAUGACUAUUCCUGCACCACCUAUUCCCUUUCUCCAGCUCCCAGCCACGACUUUGGCUGCCUCAACACCUGGUGCAGCCCCAUCUGUACCUGCGCCACCUCCGCCCCCUGGCCCGCCGCCUCCUCCCGCUGGCCCACCACCUCCUGUUUCACGGUACACAGAGAGGAACAGGCGUCGGCAAGCCGCUGAAGAGGCCAGUGGUAGUGCGGAGAAAAGAAAAUAUGUAAGGGGUGCGACAUAUAACAUGUGUAGCCAAUGUGGCAAACCCAAGACUAAAGAGUAUGGGCAUAGUCGCUUUGGGAGCGCGACUUUCUGUUCCCAGGCCUCAGGUGGCAAGUCUGUUGAAGAGUGGUUGGAAGAACAGAGAGCUCAAAAGUAG